CUGCGCCUAUGGCGCAUGCGCAGCAGUCAUUCCCGCUCUAUAUUAGGGCGACGGCGCUCCGGCCUGAGGCUUCCAGCUGACAAGGGCAAAGGUUUGUCUUGCGUCCCCUCCGCCGCCUCCGCAGUUACCCGUGCAGGAGUCAGUGUACCUCUCGGACAUGGAGACUGUUGUUCGCCGCUGCCCAUUUUUAUCCCGCGUGCCCCAGGCCUUUCUGCAGAAGGCAGGCAAAUCUCUGUUGUUCUAUGCCCAAAACUGCCCCAAGAUGAUGGAAAUUGGGGCUAAGCCAGCCUCUCGGGCCUUGUCCACUUCAGCAGUAUGCUGCCAGCAGGUCGAAGAAACUCCUCCAGCCAACGAGAAAGACAAAACUGCCAAGGCUGAGGCCCAGCAGGCCCCUGAUAGGUCCCAGCAGAUUCCAGAUGGGACACAGCUUCCAUCUGGACAUCCGUCCUCUGCCACAAGCCAGGGUACUGCGAGCAAAUGCCCUUUCCUGGCAGCCCAGAUGAGCCAGAGGAGCAGCAGUGUCUUCCGCAAAGCCAGUCUAGAGCUUCAGGAGGACGUGCAGGAAAUGCAUGCCGUGCGGAAAGAAGUUGCCCAAACCCCAGUCAACCCCAGUGUGAUUACUGUGAAGACCGAGGCUAGGGAGCCGAGCGGUUUGCUGAAGAAUUUUCAGGAUAUCAUGCGAAAGCAAAGACCAGAGAGAGUAUCCCAUCUUCUUCAAGAUAACUUGCCAAAAUCUGUUGCCACUUUUCAGUAUGAUCGUUUCUUUGAGAAGAAAAUUGAUGAGAAAAAAAAUGACCACACUUACCGAGUUUUUAAAACUGUGAACCGGAGGGCACACAUCUUCCCCAUGGCGGAUGACUACUCGGACUCCCUCGUCACCAAAAAGCAGGUGUCAGUCUGGUGUAGCAACGACUACCUAGGAAUGAGUCGCCACCCACGGGUGUGUGGGGCCGUCAUGGAUACUUUGAAACAACAUGGUGCUGGGGCAGGUGGUACUAGAAAUAUUUCUGGAACUAGUAAAUUCCAUGUGGACCUGGAGCAGGAGCUGGCUGACCUCCACGGGAAAGAUGCAGCGCUCUUGUUUUCCUCGUGCUUUGUGGCCAAUGACUCAACCCUCUUCACUCUGGCUAAGAUGAUGCCAGGCUGUGAAAUUUACUCUGAUUCUGGGAACCAUGCCUCCAUGAUCCAAGGGAUUCGAAAUAGCCGAGUGCCAAAGUACAUCUUCCGCCACAAUGAUGUCAGCCAUCUCAGAGAACUGCUGCAAAGAUCCGACCCUUCCGUCCCCAAGAUUGUUGCAUUUGAAACUGUCCAUUCAAUGGAUGGGGCGGUGUGCCCAUUGGAAGAGCUGUGUGACGUUGCUCAUGAGUUUGGAGCAAUCACUUUUGUGGAUGAAGUCCACGCAGUGGGGCUGUAUGGGGCUCGAGGAGGAGGGAUUGGUGAUCGGGAUGGAGUCAUGCCCAAAAUGGACAUCAUUUCUGGGACACUCGGCAAGGCCUUUGGCUGUGUUGGGGGGUACAUCGCCAGCACGAGUUCUCUGAUUGACACCGUCCGGUCCUACGCUGCGGGCUUCAUUUUCACCACUUCCCUGCCGCCCAUGCUGCUGGCUGGAGCCCUGGAGUCUGUGCGGAUCUUGAAGAGUGCCGAGGGGCAGGUGCUUCGCCGCCAGCAUCAGCGCAACGUCAAGCUCAUGAGGCAGAUGCUAAUGGAUGCUGGCCUGCCAGUCGUCCACUGCCCCAGUCACAUCAUCCCGGUCCGGGUUGCAGAUGCUGCUAGAAACACAGAAGUCUGUGACAAACUAAUGAGCAGAUAUAAUAUCUAUGUUCAAGCAAUCAACUACCCCACGGUGCCGCGGGGGGCAGAGCUCCUACGUAUUGCCCCCACCCCUCAUCAUACGCCACAGAUGAUGGCUUACUUCCUUGAGAAUCUCCUGGCCACAUGGAAGCAAGUGGGACUGGAGCUGAAACCGCAUUCUUCGGCCGAGUGCAACUUCUGCAGAAGGCCACUGCAUUUUGAAAUGAUGAGUGAAAGAGAGAAAUCCUACUUCUCAGGCAUGAGCAAGUUGGUAUCUGCUCAGGCCUGAGUGUGACCUUGAUUACUCCUUAUAAUACCAGACUGUAUCAUACCCAGAUAGCCUCCAGAAUUGUCUUUGUAUGUAACUUAAAUUAUAUUUAAUUUUAAUCUAUAGUAAUAAAAACAGUUCUGAAAUAAAUGCUUGUUUAAAUGAUG